CUGUCUUGCCAAGCCUAGGCGACCAUACAGCCGCCUGAUCCAUUCCGUCCCAAAAAAGGCUCCAUGUCGAGUCUUUCUUCGCUCCCGUUAUCGACAAGCAGACGGCACGUACAAAUUACUGUCACCGGGGGCAUCGACCUGUGGUACAUCGUGUCCCAUCGCAUAUCCAUCGUCAUCAGAGCCACUAUAGGAUAAUCACCUGGUUGCGCAUCCCCCUUUGUAAGGUUUGAUAAAAUCGUGUCAUAUGCUAACUUCAUUCACUGUGCAGUGGGCGACUGGCGUAGGAUCAAGGUGGGACGCGGCGAGGCAUGUUGUCUCAACGCGCCAGUGGCUCAGAUCACGAUACCUCUACGAUGGGACACGUCGUCCUAUAGUUCAAUGCCCCCGGUGUGUGCUGCGGUAAGCGAAUCACCCAACCCCAGCUGCCUGGAGUGAGUUCUCUUUGAACACGAGGCUGCUCUUUUGCUCGAAGUAGUAGAUGGUCCGCCUUCUGCGGCACGUCCUUUCCGCAAGAUCUUCGUUUUCACUUCGCUUUCAUUCGCCCAUGCCCCUCCCAGCCAUUUCGAAGUCUUUAUGCGCUCAAGUAGCGUGGUGGCAUAAACCCAACAUCGAGCUAUAGUCAGCGGUCCUGGCGGCCCCAGUCCACCAACCCCCAUCAGCUCCUCCCAGUAUGCCAACGCUUGAGCAGGACCUCGUUCCCGCACUCGUUACCUCCGUCCCCGUGAAACGCCUCACAGCCGACUCUUGCCAAGUUCUGAUCAACAGGCUCGGUCGUGGGUCUCCGGAGGUCACUAUCGUCCCGCUUGGUAUAUCUUUGAGGCUGUCGAAGAAGGGGUUCAUCGAGGCCGUUGCACUAGCUGACUCCGAUCAGGUCUUUCAAAUCACGGUCACCAAGGAUAUCUCCUUUGCUAUGCUCGCAUCUGUCCUGAAACAUCCUCGCUAUCUCUUCGUCGCGUUCGGUAUGGCCCGCGUAGCGCUCCUCAUCCACCACCAGUUCGGCGUUGACGUGCGCAGCGUCGAUCUGUCUACCAUGCACGACAAGUCACCAAGGGAGCAGCAAUGCGCCGCACACCUCGCUCGGAAACUCUGGGGCACAGUGCGCGCUCAGGGCAUCCACAACCUGUGGUGGCACCACUCCAACAAGGAUCUCUGUCUCCGUACCUGGCUGUCGGCCUGCAUCGCCGAGGAGAGUGCCUCCAUCAUGGACAAGGUGUUGAAGGUCGACACCCGAAACGCCUCGCCUCUGCAGCUCGCAUGCUUAGCGCAGCUCGUGCUGAACGUCGAGCUCUUGGAGGCCGAGCAGCCCACGCAAGUGGACAACGAUUUCGAGCACGUCAGACAGAACGGCAAGGACAAGAUCAUCCUCCACAACGCCCGCUUCAAGACGAAGAUCCGCGACAGCAGCCAGACCAUCGUCCACUUCAACGGAGGGCAGGCGACGGCCCGCGCGGUCGGGCUCAAAGGGCGGCAGACUCAGCUCCAACUGCUCAAAGGCAGGCUGCCGGCCAAGGUGACGAAGGUGCGCGUCUUUGGCCGCGAGGAGGCCACGAACGCGGAAUUGGCGCGCGACGAGUUCGUGUUGGGCAUCCUAAGGGGUACCGAGGCCAUGGACAUGUCGUCGUUCGUUCGCAUGCUCUGGUUUCCACCGCGCAAAACUAAGAGGGGCAAGAAGGUGAAAGCGAUUGGGGCGGUGGACGCACAAACGCAGAUCACGACGCCGUCGUACAAGGAAUUGAAUGCGUCCCAGCAGGCGGUGGUGAAAGCGAUGGUUAGCGCAGAUGAAAACCUCAUCAUUGUGCACGGUCCCCCAGGGACGGGUAAGACAACAACGAUCGCUGCAGCGCUCGAGCAUUGGGAGCGACGCAGGGAGCCGGCAUGGGUCAUCGCGCAUUCCAACGUUGGCGUGAAGAACAUUGCUGAAAGCCUGGUCAAGCGCAAGAUCGAUUUCAAGAUCGUUGUCUCAAAGGAUUUCUACUACGAAUGGCACGAGCACCAUUACGUCGACAUAUCGGAUCACCUCGUCAAAUCGGACAAGCUUUUCGGUCAGGCCGCGGGUGUUGCGGAGUUCAUGGGCAGAUCGAAGGUCAUCUUGUGCACGGUCUCAAUGCUUUCACAUCCUGGCAUGGACAACGUUGGAGUUUUCCGCCACGUGCCGAUGGAGCGACUCGUAGUGGACGAGGCGUCCCAGAUUGACACAUUUGAGUUCAUGCAUCUGUUCAACAAGUUCAUGCCGACACUAGGCAAGGUCUGCAUGUUCGGAGAUCCCAAACAGCUGCCUCCUUUCGGAAAAGAGACGGCGCCGAAGAUGAAGACAAUCUUCGACUUCCAGCAAUUCCACACGUCAGCUUACUUCCUCGACACGCAAUAUCGCAUGCCCGUCCCUCUUGGAGACUUCAUAUCUAAACACGUCUAUGGCUCGAAGCUCAAGUCCGAGCACAAGAUCACCGCGAAUGACUGCGUCAAAUUGAUCGACGUUCGCAAGGGCAAGGAGGAGUCCGCCGGAUCCAGCUGGAAGAACAUGGAAGAGAUACAUACUAUUGUCAACCUUGUCAAGAAGUACUACAGGCACCCAGAUUUCUGCAUCAUCACUCCCUAUGACGGACAGCGCGCUGCGAUCGUUGCGGCCCUCAAAGCGCAGAAACUACCGCACGAGAACGUCUACAAUGUCGACAGCUAUCAAGUGGGCGCCCAAGAAGCUGGUUGUAUUCACAAAAGGCAAUUAACGCCGUCGGCUCCGGUGUUGUUUCUCGUCUUGGAUCGCCUCGCACCUCUUUGUUGCUGCGAGUGUGAUCGCAACUCACAAGAAAAGAACUGCUUUUACGUCGUAUAGGAUAUCGAAUGAUAAGGAUUAAGGAAUCAUGUAAGGCUGCUGGUUAUACUUGUGUCACUGAUGUCGCCCAACCACAAAACGUCAAGUCUGAACCUUAUACGCUGCGCCACAACAUAUUCGGUUCCUGUCGUGCCACUCUUUCCCAUCGACCACCAUGUCCCUCAGUACUCAUAAUCUCGUUCCCGGCUCUCCCGACAACAUAUCUGUGGUAUCGCUUCGGCCACAGACAUGCGGAAAACUUCUGGACGUCUUGAACACCGGCACCGGCACUAAGGUCCUUGGAGUAUCUCUCCGGCUCUCAAAGAAAGGAGUGAUGGAGGCCAUCGCUAUCGGCACUCCCGACACCGCCUUUCUGAUCAAUUUGACCGCCGAAUGCUACGCUGAGAAGUCGAAAAACUCUUCACACGAUGCCGGCCUAGCGCAGAUUCUCAACAACGAGCACUGUCUACUCGCCGGCUUCCAGAUGCCCCGCCUCGCUCUCCUGCUCCAUCGUCAGACCGCCUCACACGUAUACGGCAUCGACCUAUCUACACUGCACUCCAAGUUCACGCGCAAGCAGGUCUCGGCGGCCGAGCUCGCGGACAGGCACCUGAGCAACCGCACAAACCAGCGUGCAAUCCACGCCCUGUGGCUCCGGGACUCGGACCAGGACAUCUGCCUUCGCGCCUGGCUCUCGGCUUGCAUUGCCGAAAAAUGCAUCACUGCAAUACAGAAGGCGGCUAAGAUCGACACGCGCCACCUACCGCAGCACCAGCUGUCGUGUCUCUCGCAGCUCAUCCUCAACAUCGAGCUCCUCGAGGCCGACAAGCCAACUGGAUAUGAAAACGACUUUGAAGACGUCGGGUUGGACGGUGAGGGCCAAGUGGUCCUACAGAAUGCGCGGUUCAAGACGCGUGUGCGCAAGAGCCGUCAGACGAUCAUAGAGAUCAACGGGGGAGACGUCAAGCUCCAGGCUGUUGCUGCGAAAGGCAGGCAGACCGGGCUCAAGGUCGUCGAGGGCAAGUUCAACGGCAAGGUGGACAGAGUGCGCGUCGUAGGGCGGGAAGAACUCACACGGGCUGAGCUGAGCCGCGAUGAGCAUAUCCUCCUCGUCCUCCAGAAUGCACACACUCUAGUCGAGUCGCCGUACGUGCAUAUGGUGUGGUUCCCGAGCGACUCCAACCCACCCCAAGGACCGACUGGGAGAGUAGUAUCCACGGGAGGGAAUACGGACGCUUUCGAGGCGCUGAAUGCGUCUCAACGCAAAGUCGCAAAUGCGAUGAUCACGGAUGGGGAGCCGCUUGUCAUCGCACACGGUCCGCCCGGUACUGGCAAAACGACGACCAUCGCCGCGGCGCUCGAGCACUGGCAAAACCAGGAGCAGCCUGUCUGGGUCAUUGCGCAAUCCAAUGUCGGUGUCAAGAACAUCGCGCUCAGUCUCUUCAAGCGUGAGCAGAAGACGGGUCACAAGAUCAAUUUCAAGAUCAUUGUCUCUAUGGAGUUCCACUUCGAAUGGCACGAGUAUAUGUAUGACGACAUAGAGCUCUAUCUGAUCCGGUCAGACGAGUUCGGAGAGGGAUUCGACCCGAGGAUUCACAUCGGCACGAGCAAGGUCAUCCUCUGCACGCUCUCAAUGCUCUCGCACGACGCGCUUGUAAAACAGAAGAUCCUGGAGUAUGUGCCCAUGGAGCGGCUAGUCGUUGACGAGGCGUCGCAGAUCGACAUGUUCGAGUUUAUGCAUUUGUUCCACAAGUUCAAUACCUUGAAGAAGGUGUGCAUGUUUGGCGACCCGAAGCAGCGUAUGGUUUCCUUCGCCUUGUCCACCGCGCGCAGGGCUGCUUCCUCAUACUGGCCUGAACAGUCCCGCCGUACGGGAAGGAAGCAGCGCCGGCUAUGCAGACCAUCUUCGACUUGAAGCAGUUCCAAAAGUCGUCGUACUUCCUGGACACGCAAUACCGCAUGCCCAUUCCUCUGGGCAACUUCAUCUCCAAGACGAUCUACGACUCCAAGCUGAAGUCCGAGCACAAGAUCCGUGACUUCAGGACGAGCAGUGUCCUGUUUGUGGACGUGCGCAAGGGGGCGGAGGAACGCGCCGGUUUGAGCUGGAAGAACAUGGAGGAAGUGCAUACCAUCGUCAACAUUGUCCGUACCUACUGUAGUGAAGAAGAAGGGAAGAGGAAGGAGAUCUGCAUCAUCACGCCCUACGACGCACAGCGUGGCGCAAUUGCCGACGCGCUCAAGCGUGGGGGACUGCCCGAUGGCAUCGUUUACAACGUUGACAGCUUCCAAGGCCACGAAGCGCCAUAUGUGAUCGUGUCUGCCGUGCGCACGACCUCCCCGGGGUUCCUCCGCUCGCUGAACCGCGUGAACGUCAUGCUCACCCGUUGCCAAACUGGGAUGGUGAUCGUCACCCAACGCGCGUUCCUCCGCGGGGCGGGGCGCGGGACGCUGCUGAACAGGCUCGCGCUGCAGUGGGAGAGGAGGGUGGGGGAGAAGGUGGCGUGGGUGGACGCGAUGGAGGUUGCCGAUGGGAGGGCGGGCUUGCCCGGGACGAAGGCAAAGGAGCCGGCGGGAGUGAAGCCUGUGGCGCAGGUGAACCCGGCGGCGCUAGGGAAUUUGGCUUCACAGGUGAAUACCGCGAUACAAAUGGAGGCGACGCUACAGAAUCAGUCUAAAGGGUAUGUGAAGAUGCGCCAUGCUAGGGGCGUUGCUGCGGCGACGGAGCGUAUGAAAUAUUUGGACUUGAC